GUGUAUAUCAGAUAUGAUCUCUAUAUUGUCAGAGCUACCAAGUUUUUAAGUAAUAACGUUUAUAAAGUCAGUAAAAUAGUUGGUUAACCCGUUGACGUCAGGCUGAGUGUGGGCUGGGGUAACUUUGGUGCGAAGCGGUCUUCUAUAUUUCCGUUGUUACUUUGGCAGGAUAUGGUUCUUUCUAAUUCUAGGCUUGUAUUGUUUGCUCUCUGUUCAUUUUCGAUUGGAACAUGGGUCGGCUACUACUGGAGGAGACGAUUGAAUGCUCCAGAGAUGGUUCAAAUGCACAAACGUGUUAUUCAAUAUCACUCGGAUGACAGUUCACUUAAUGUUCAACAAGCGGAAAAAGUAGGGGAAGUUCUUAGAGAAGAUCAUCAUUUCAAUGAAUUUUCGAAUGGAAUUUGUUCUCCUCGUUCUGAUAUCAUGUUUCUUAAAACACAUAAAACCGCUAGUUCAGCCGUCCAAAAUGUUUUGCUUCGAUAUGCGAACAAAGCUGAUUUAACAGUUGGAUUAUCGAAUACUCAAGAUAUAAGAUUUCAUUAUGGACAUAAAUUUCAAGCACAAUUUGUUGGACCUGCAACAAAACCCAUCAAUAUAUUAUGUCAUCAUAUGGUCUUGAAUUAUCCAGAAUUACAAAAAGUAAUGCCAAGAAAUUCAACCUAUGUCACAAUCCUAAGAGAACCAAGUUCUCUUUUCGAAUCUAUGUUCGAUUAUCUACAUUAUGAUAGUACUCCGUUUUCAAGAGUCAAUAAGAGACCAAACUCGUUGGAAUAUUGGCUGAAUCACACUGAUCACUUCUUCCGUGGUAGAAAUGAUGGGCGAUUCUGGUGGUUUGCAAAGAAUGGAGUAUUCUUUGAUAUGGGUUAUGACAACUUGAGCGACGAUGACAAAUAUAUUCAACAAGCAAUUAGCGAACUUGAUAAGAUCUUCGAUCUUGUUUUGUUGUCUGAUUAUUUUGCCGAGUCGAUGUUGCUACUGAGAGAACAUUUAUGUUGGUCUAUGGCGGAUAUUUUAGCAUUAAAAACAAAUGCGAGAGAUUCUCCGAAGACUGUGUUAAACGAUCGAGUGAGAAAGAAAAUUUAUGAAUGGAACAAAGCUGAUGCAGCGGUUUAUCAACAUUUUAAUCGCACUUUUUGGAAAAAGGUCGAAGCGUAUGGUUAUGAGAAAAUGAAAGCUGAUAUGAAAAUUCUGGAAAAAAUGAAUGCCGAACUGCAACAAAAUUGUAUUGAUGGUGGUGCCGUGAGUAAUAAGUAUAUAAAAGAAGCAUCGAAUAAAGUAUAUAAUCCACGUGGUGUUGUAAUGAAAGGAUAUAACCUUAGAGGAUCAGCAAAAAAUAACCAAACUUGUAUCAAUUUAAUAAAAGGUGAAGUACAAUGGACCAGACAAAUGAUGGCUCAAAGGAAAGCACGAUCGUGAAUUGUGGUUACUCACAUUUAUUGUGUGUCCAGAAACCCCAACUCAGCAGGUCAUUCCAAUUCUAGUGUGGAUAAGGAUUAUAGUUACAGUAAUUCUUUUCCUUGAUACACACUCUGGUCAGUCAUGUGUUAUCAAUUUGAUGACUUAUUAACAGUUUCAUAUCAUUUCGUUCAUAUCAUAUUCAAUGCAAUAUUAGUUGGUGGUUUUUUCUAAAUAUUCUAUUCCCCAUACAAAGAUUUAGAACUUUGAAAUUGAUUUUUUAUUCAAGCUUUUUAUCAAGUUAGAUAUCUUCUGAAUUUUAUUUCAUGUUUUGCAUAUUGGGUUUGUUGAAAGAAGUUAUCUAUCCAAGUCCAGGAUUUAAUAUUUGUAAAAAUACUUUACUACACAUUGUCUAUCCUUAAAUCAGUAUAAAUAUUAGGGUUUCUGACUGGAAAUAAUCAGUUAUCCAGUUCUCAGCGUUCAAUGUUAUGUUAUCAUUUCUGUCCUUCGCAGAUUAUGCUAUACUUAAUAUAAUAUACGAAACUUAAUAUACUAAAUCAAACGUUUCUUUUAAUGUAUCUAUAUACUGUAUAUCCCAUGACUGUUUAACUUUUUUAUUGAACUAUGAACUUGCCUCAAUUUUUAUUCUCGUAAACUUUGCAUUAUUUUGUUCAUUUUAAAUCUUGGUUGAGUGAAAUGUGUUUGUUAAAUCUGUAAUUGUUAGAUGUAUUAUAUCAUUUGCAAUUAUUUCACUUGACUUGGCUCGGAAUGUUUUAUUCUAUAAAUGAUUUAAGAAUACUUGGAUCAAAUGAAAAUACUUUGGGAGGUAAGAUCUUCAUAUGAUUUAAAUACUUUUAUAAAAAUGGUCAUUUUGAAUCAAGUUAAACGAAAACAAUAUUUGGGUCAAGCCCUGUAUAAAUUACAAAAAUAACAAAAACAUGCACAUUUUCAAAAUUAGGAUCCAUUAAAUAUACAUGCAUUGUUUCAUGCAAUUUGUACUCACAAAUACACUCGGUUUGAAAUUAUGAUAAAUUUUCUAGUUUCGAACAUCACUGAUAUACAUUCAUACUAAUAUUCCAUUUGUAAAAUCUUAAGUGUGAUUUUGUUAAGAAUUUACAAUAUACAUAUCAUAUUGCAGUAUUCGUUGACUUCAAUUUUUUAUUUUGCCAACUGGAGUUGGUCAUACGUACUAUAUCAUCACUGUUAUUUACUUUAUGAAAAAUUUACCAAACAACUCUGCAGUAACAAACAUGCUUAGUACUUGCCGCUCGCUUGAUAUUUUUGUGCCAUGAUUUUUAUUUAGUUUAUUUUGCGGAAAGAUUAUUAACAAUGAUUUGAUAUGAAUUCUGUGUUUUUUAUUAUUCGCUCUUGUGGAAUAUUAUAAGGCAAUAUAAAAUCUAAUGUUUGUAAAAUAAAAUACAUCUCAUCCAAGCCUG